AUGGAGAAGGCUUGGGAUCCUCAUCUUCAGGGAAUGAUGGAUAAUACAAGUGGUGAUACAUCUAAUAGCGAAACCAAUCAUGAAGAUGGUAAAAAUCAAUCAUUUUCAACCAACUUCUUUGCAAGUAAAGACUCUCAACAGCUACCUCCGGAAACAGGAUUCAGCUUUGGACCAUCUCCAAUGCGAGGUGCUCAACAACUAUCUGGUUCAAGACAUGGACAGGAUAACAGUGUGCGGGGUCUACACGAUAACGUUAAGUUUGAUCGUUCAUCUGGAUAUUUGAUGGCUCAAAGUGUCGAACCACCUGCCUCUACUGGUUUCACUUUUGGUCCGGCACCAAGGCAGCUUGCACAGAAGAUGACUCCUCCUAGUCAGAAUACAAAUGUGCCAGCUCUAUUUAACAUUCCAAGACAUGAUCCACUUCCGGCUUACUUGAAUCGGCCCUCGUUCGAGCCAUCCCAAUCUAUGCAAAGACUCCCUUCAUAUCCUGCCAAUGGCAAUGGCACCAGCCAAGGCCGCUUGUCUCUUCCUAGCUUCUCUUCUCAUAUGCAAGCAGACUCGAAUUCCUUUCGUGAAGGAAAUGAUUCUAGAGUUUUGACAACUGCAGAUAAUUACUUCAAACAGCAGAUAUUGCAGGAUAUCGAAUUGAAAACCAAACCGAGAAACAGUCAAACAUAUUCUUCGACAUUCGGCACUGGUCAAAUACAGAGUCCUCUCACACAGCUUGCCAACAAUAUGAUUUCGCAGACGUCUAUGCCGUUGCAGAAGCCUGUUGGACCUAGUCCUCCAGGACAGAACAUUUUUCAUACGCAGGCAAUCUCACCCAGUGACAAAUACGCUGUAUCUUCAAGUGCUUCUCAAGUACAAAGCAUAAAUCGCAAUGCAGAGAAUUCUGGUUUCUCUCCUGCCCAGCAAACCUCUUCCGGUAAUGCCGGACAAUUCAAAAAUGAUCGGCAAAUUAUUGCCUUUGGAAAUGCACCACCAUUGGCUCAUGGAAUCCAGCUUGUUUCCCCUCAUGAACUUCCAGAUAGGUUUAGACAGGUCUUCCCUUAUGAACUAUUCAAUGCUGUACAAUCUAAAUGUUUUGCACCAAUUUACAAGACGAGUAAUAAUAUCGUUGUAUCAGCGCCGACUGGAAGUGGCAAGACUGCUCUCAUGGAACUAGCUAUCUGCAAACUGGUUGAGAGCCAUGGUUCUGGACAAUUUAAAAUCGUUUACCAAGCACCCAUAAAAUCGCUUUGUUCAGAACGUAUGAAGGAUUGGACUAAGAAGUUUAGUCAUUUGAAUUUACCUGUUGCGGAACUUACAGGUGAUACGAGCAAUGCUGAAAUGAGUCGGGUAGGCAGUGCAUCGAUUAUCAUUACCACGCCCGAAAAAUGGGACAGCAUUACUAGGAAGUGGACGGAUUAUCAAAAGCUUUUACAAUUGGUGAAGUUGUUUUUGAUUGAUGAGGUUCACAUUCUUAAGGAUGCGAGAGGAGCUACUCUUGAGGCUGUAGUCUCUCGGAUGCAUUCAAUUGGAGCCAAUGUCCGUUUUGUGGCUUUGAGUGCCACGGUUCCGAAUUCGCACGAUAUUGCCACUUGGCUCGGGAGAGACUCAAGUAGUCGUCAAUUGCCUGCUCAUCGAGAAACUUUUGGUGAAGAAUUUCGACCUGUCAAGCUACAAAAGCAUGUUCAUGGGUACGAGAGUCGUGCAAACGAUUUUGCUUUCGAGAAGAUUCUUGAUGGCAAAAUUCCUGCUUUGAUUCAAAAGUAUUCAUGCAAGAAGCCUAUCAUGGUUUUCUGUUUUACAAGAAAAUCGUGUGAGGGUACUGCGGCUAUUCUUGCAGAAUAUUGGACUAGACAGAGAAAUGUUGAUCGUGCUUGGCCAGCUCCAACCAAUCGAACAGUAGUAGGAAAUAAAGAUCUACAAGAAUUAGUAGGAUGUGGUGUCGCCUAUCAUCAUGCAGGUCUUGAUUCUCAAGAUAGAUCUGCUAUUGAAACAGCAUAUCUGAAAGGAGAUAUCAGUGUGAUUUGUUGCACCUCGACGCUUGCGGUUGGAGUCAAUCUACCCUGUCAGCUCGUGGUUUUAAAGGGCACAGUCUGCUUCCAAGAUAGUGGUCUUGUUGAAUAUUCAGACCUUGAGGUUAUGCAAAUGCUAGGACGUGCAGGAAGACCUCAGUUCGAUGACAGUGCCACUGCAAUCAUCAUGACCCGAAUGGACAACACAGAUCGGUACAAGAAGAUGAUCUCGGGUCAGGAUGUUUUGGAGAGCACGUUACAUUUGAAUCUUAUUGAGCAUUUGAACUCAGAAAUUGGACUGCGCACCAUCAAGACCGCCUACGAAGCCAAAGUAUGGUUAGGAGGGACUUUCUUGAGUGUUAGGAUGAGACAGAAUCCUAAUUAUUAUAAGUUUUCUGGAGUAGCUCCUAGUAGGGAUGCGGAUCAGCAGCUCGAGUUGGUCUGCGAAAGAGACAUUAAGCUUCUUCAAGAUUAUGAACUCGUCACAAAGGAGGACUUUUUCUCUUGUACGGAAUAUGGUGCUGCUAUGAGCCGAUAUAUGGUUCAAUUCGAAACGAUGAAGUUACUCUUGAGUAUUCCUCGUCAUUCAAAGACAGAACAGAUCUUGAGUACCGUAUGUCAAGCAGCCGAAUUUAAAGAUCUACGAAUGAAACCAAAUGAGCGAUCCAGUCUUCGGGAAUUCAACAAAUCACCGAUGAUAAAGUUUCCCAUCAAGGACAACAUAUCAACGACAGCGCAUAAAAUCUUUCUCAUGAUUCAGGUCCAGCUAGGUGGGAUUGAACCUUUGGCCACUAAUGACUUUCGAAUCAUCAGCCGACAAUUUAGCAUGGAGACUAAUAUCAUACUGGAUCGAGUUCAACGUUUGAUUAGAUGUGUUAUUGAUUGUAAAGCCUUUGAUUGUGAUUCAAUCUCUACACGCUUUGCUCUCGAUCUUUCUAGGAGUAUUGCAGCUGGCUUCUGGGAGCACUCAUCUUUACAAUUGAGACAAGUCCCACAAAUUGGACCAGCAUCGUUGCGCAAGUUGGCUGGCAAUAAUGUCAAUUCAGUGGAAAAGCUUGCUGGACUUGAUACAGCAGGAAUUGAGAGAGUCAUGAGCAAGAACCCUCCAUUUGGGAAAAAAAUGAAGGAUAAUUUGAUGGAAUUUCCCCGGUUGACUCUCACAGCCGAGAUUUUAGGGAGAGCCUUUUCAAAAGCAGGGGCGCAGCCAAAGGUCAAAGUCAAUGCUGUCCUUGGAUAUAAAAAUGAUAAAGUACCAAACUGGUUGGGUAGGAUACCAUUCUUGACGUUUAUAGCCGAAAUAUCGAGUGGAACCUUGGUGUAUUUCUGGCGUGGAAAUAUCAAACGAUUGUUGAAUGGCAAUAAGCAACAGUUCACCGUCGAGCUUUCAUCACCGGAUGAUGAGAUAAAAUGUUGGCUCGCAUGCGAUGAGAUUGUUGGUACUCUGCAAUCUUGCGUUUUAAAUCACGAUAUCCCUGCGGUUGAAUUUCCUCCUCCCAAAGUUGUGGUCGAAGAGCAAUCCAUCAUGAAUAAGUCGAGAACAGAGCAAGUGGCUACAUCUGAUGAAUUUGACGAUGGGAUUGAUGAUGAUGCUAUGCUCGCAGCAGCUAAGCAAGUUGAGGGUGGACGUCGAGUUUCUAGUGAUUAUGGAUCUGAUGCCUUUAUUGAUAUUGACACAGUCGAUUUGGUCAAUUCUGUCAACAAUAAGAGAUCAAGAGAUGAGGUCGAUCAACCAGAAGCAGUCAAAAUGUAUAAUGGAAAGUGGGCAUGCAAUCAUCAUUGUCGUGAUGGGAAUACAUUGAAGAACGGCCAGCUUUGCAAGCAUAGGUGUUGCAGGGAGGGACUUGAUAAACCUAGGAAAAUUACCAGGAAGAAGUCCACAACCGACAGUAUCGAAGAUCAAGGUUCGAAGUCUAGCAAUAAGAUCAAAGGAGCUGUGACCAAGCCUAUGAACAUUCAAUCUUCUAAUAGCAAGCAACUCCCAAAACUGGCCAAGAAACCUCGACUUAUGCCAUCAGGUGCUUCAGGUUCCGAUCAACAUGAUGUGGAAGUAAUUGAUCUUUCGGAAACCAUACCUCCAGUAAUAUAUCCCGAUGUGGCAUCUAAAGAUUAUCAAAAAUUACAUAAAUUACAUACAAGCAUUCAGAAAGAUACAUCUGUUCGACUUCCGAAAAAUCAACCGAAGUUCUCAUACGCCAAUGGAGAGAUGUUCAGUCUUUCCUUCAUGAAUAAAGGUGCCUCUGAGUCCGAGAAGAAAGAUGAAUCGGAUCCUUUUGAUUCUGAUGGGUAUGAAUUUCCGUCACCUUCUACUCUUUUGAAAGGCGAUAUGCAUAAGGAUAAGAGUGUCUCUAUUCCAGCAACUCAAUUACCACCUCCAGCUAUGGGUAUAUCUAGAUAUGAGAGUAAGAGUCAACAGGAUUCUGCUGAAGAUUCAUUUGAUGAUCCAACGGGUAGUCUCGAAGAUGCAAUGAUAGGCCUAGAUGAUUCCAUGAACCUUCGACCCGCUACACCCAAACUCAACACGAGCUUCGCUAAUAAUGUAUUUGAUUUUGCGGCAUUUGAUUCCGAGGAAGCGUAUACUCAACAAUUCUCUAGCCCUUUGAUGAGUCAGGCACAGAAAAGAAAUACUCAGGCGGAAGUUGAUGAUGACGAUCUGGAUGUUGUCAUGCAAUCUAUGAAGCGACAGCAAUCUAGUCCAUGGAUGAGAGAUUUUCGCAAUGGAAAUAUGAUGAGUCAUAAUCAGGGAGAUGGAGAUGAGCAUAGUUAUGAUGACAGUCCAGCUUUGCCUCAGAUGAAGAGAAGAAGAGUUGAUGAUGGAGAUGAUGAGAGUGGUCUUCGGAGCACGAUGAAGAAUUCCGAGGACAUGAAAUCUACCAGUGGAAGUAGUGCUCCAGCAUGGGCCAAUGAGAUGGGAUCUGAAAUUCUAGAUGAUGAGGAGAAUGAAGAGAAUAAGAAGGGAGAAAAGCAGAAGUUUGGUAUAAAGGCCAAUAUUCGACCUGAACCUGCUUGGGUUGGUGAGAUGGAUCAGGACUUCAUCAAUAUGUUUAGAGGAUAUGUUGAUUUUAUGGAUUGA